AUGGACUUCGACAAAAAGUAUCUUCAGCAAAAUCGAUUCCAAGCCUUGCCUCUUGAGCUAGCACUCCAAAUCAUUGGAACCGCGCUAGGUUAUAUCUUCGCCAGCCUUGUGACGCCGAACGGUCUCGUGUGGUUCACGAGAAAUCACCUUUGGUAUACGAUUGGAUUCCAGAUCCUAAGGACUACUUUUGUCAUCCUUAUAAGCGGCCGCGACUCGAACCAUCUCAUCUACAAAACCGCCCCGAAGGACAUCAACUGGAUAUUCGUGGGCCCAGAGUUUCACGCUCUCCAUCAUGUCUACCCGGAUCGUUAUAUGGGUUCGUUCGUUAAAGUCUUCGACUGGAUCUGGGGCACCGCAUACUCCUUCAGACGUAAGCGCUUUACGAUAAUCGGAGGGAGCCAAGCAUUCAGCAAAGCUAUUAUCGCACAGCUCGAGUGUGAACAAGGGAUAGCCUGCAUUCGCAAGUUGAAAUUGGGAACAGAUUGGGAUCAUGAUCAAUUUGAAAAAUUGAUCCCGAUUCUUUCAGACACCGACAUCUUAAUCCUUGGUUAUGGCUCUGAUGACCAGGACGAAGUUGAAUCAAAUUGCAAGUCAGCUACCCGACUUGUCAAGUCAUUCAAGAAAUAUAGAGCGAUCAAUCCCGCCUGCCCGGCGCUUCCCGAGGUAUGGUAUGUUGGUAGCGAGAAUGAGUUCUGUCAACCUUGGGAGGAACGAAGGUCAUUCUUGUCGCACGCUCGUUCCUUUUUUGAUGACCCUGAUAUAAUUUACCGCCAUGUUGUCUUGCCCUGUGCUUCAUCUUUAGAAACCGGUGCAUUCGAUGCAGACUGGGCAGCAAAAUGUGCAAUGUGGUGGAUUCGACGAGGUGCGAGAUAUAUUCCCGUCAAGUUUACGGGAUCUUCGUGUUUAAACUAUUUCAAGUUUAUGUAUCGCAUUCCUCAUGCGAAUGAUGUGGACUAA